GGGGCGGGAAAGGGUGGGCGGGGCGGAGGGGCGGAGCCGCGCGGCGGGGCUCGCGGGGGUCGCGGCGCCGAGCAGGUGCGCUAGAGCGAACGCUGCUACAGCGGGCGGCAUGGCGAGCACGGCGUCGGAGAUCAUUGCCUUCAUGGUCUCCAUCUCCGGCUGGGUGCUGGUGUCCUCCACGCUGCCCACCGACUACUGGAAGGUGUCCACCAUCGACGGCACGGUCAUCACCACCGCCACCUAUUGGGCCAACCUUUGGAAGAUGUGCGUUACCGACUCCACGGGCGUCUCCAACUGCAAGGACUUCCCCUCCAUGCUGGCGCUAGACGGUUAUAUCCAGGCAUGUAGAGGACUUAUGAUUGCCGCCGUCAGCCUGGGCUUUUUUGGUUCCAUAUUUGCCCUGUUUGGAAUGAAAUGUACCAAAGUCGGAGGCUCAGAUAAAGCCAAAGCUAAAAUUGCUUGUUUGGCUGGGAUUGUAUUCAUACUGUCAGGGCUAUGCUCAAUGACCGGGUGUUCCCUGUAUGCAAACAAAAUCACAACGGAGUUCUUUGAUCCCCUCUUCGUGGAGCAAAAGUAUGAAUUAGGAGCUGCUCUGUUUAUUGGAUGGGCAGGAGCCUCACUCUGCAUAAUUGGUGGUGUCAUAUUUUGCUUUUCAAUAUCUGACAACAACAAAGCACCCAGAAUGGGAUACACAUACAAUGGGGCCACAUCUAUCAUGUCUUCUCGGACAAAGUAUCAUGGUGGAGAAGAUUUUAAAACCACAAACCCUUCAAAACAGUUUGAUAAAAACGCUUACGUCUAAAAAGAGCACUGCCCGCAAGCCGUGUCUUGAGCUUGCUUUAAACGUGAACUGUUCACAAAAUGCUGCCAUCAAGGCCCUCCUACAAUUAACACUCAAACUAUUUUUAAAAUACAAAUUUGAAGAACUUGUUGAUUAUCGGAUGUAAAUGUUCUUACAUAGUUACAUGCUAAUCAUUUUCUGUUGUGACUUUCUAUAAAGAAAUAAACAGGCUAUUUACAGGAUUUGUAUAUAUUUUAUACAUCAUAAAAUUUGUAUAUGUAUUUAGCACCAGAGAUUCCAGUAUUCGUAAUGUAGCCUUCUUAAUCAUUCAGACCUUGCAGUCUUUGUCCCCAUUUUUUAUGUUUCUUUUUCUUCGUGUAUUAAACAGAAGGUGUAUAA